AUGAGAGUAAUUCUUCUGUUCGGGGCUGUAGGAGUAAGAGCGCUUAUCUCCACACUCGAGUUUCCUGAAGACAAGUCAACUUAUGAUUGCCAUUCAGAGAUCAAAUGGCCUGAUGCUCCUCCGAGGGAACAUGACGGCUCUAAGUUGGACAAAGUCCUGGUGUUCGCGCGUCAUGGUGCUCGCACGCCCUUGUACGAUAUGACUUGUUGGGCUAACGACGAGGCCAGAUACACUUGCCCGACUAAGACCUUCGCUGGCUUCGCUGAUAGUCCGUCCGGAGGCCGCUCUCCCGGUUUUUCUCGCCUCCGUGGCAAGAAGAGUGUCUUGCCGGGUGACGGUUGCCUCCUGGGCCAACUUGUCGAUGCCGGAGUGCAAAUGCACAUGGCCAAUGGAAAGCAGCUUGGCGCUGCCUACAAGAGUGUCUUGGGAUUGCCCGAUAUCCCUAAGGAGCCUGAGGUCAUGUUCCGCUCAACUGAUGUCCCACGAGUUCACCAAAGCGCGGAAGCUCUCGCCAUGGGGUUGUUCCCGAAAAUUGUCCAUGCGGACGACUCGAAACUAAGUAUUAUAAUGCCCGACAGACAAAGAGAUACCUUGAUGCCUAACCCUUCGGUGUGCCCCCGCCUCAAUGAUGCUCUGAACGAGUUCUACAAUUCUCCGACUGCCAAGGAACGUGCGCAGAAAACGACUGAUCUGCGCGAAUUUAUUGGAGCUGCUACUUGUCGCAGCAAAGAGUUUAAUACCAACAACACACGAGCUAUGAAGGAUCUUUUUGACCCCCUUCACGACUGCCUAACUGCUCAUGUCUGUUCAACUGUGCCAAGUGAGCCCAAGAAUGUCCCUAAAGGACUAGAAGAAAGUGGUACCGUCUUCAAGGCUGUCGAGAAGGAGGCUGUGUUUUGGGCACUCGGCCGUUAUGGCGUCAAUAAGGAGAUGAAGAAGCUCGCCUACGGGCCAUUCAUUGGGGAUUUACUCGAGGAUUUGGGCGUACGUGAUAGACGUUUAUCGGUGUAUCUCGGUCAUGAUAUGGGUCCAGCCCACUCCAUCAUCGACGCGCUUGAGCUAACCUGGAUGGAUUCUGGCAAUACAUGUGCCGAAAGUUGGCCUCCAUUCGGCUGUACUCUUGUAAUGGAGAUCUACUCCGACAACCAAGCCCGUUUUGUCUACAAUGGUCGAGUAGCUUCUGUUGAGGCCAUCGAGGGAUGCCGUGGCAAGUAUCUGUGUCCCUUAGAUGAGCUUCACGAGUACCUCGUCACUCUAGUACCCACCGAGUCUGAAUGUGAGGGCCGCAACUAGGCUUCCUAUCAUCCUUCAGGGGUCGAUCAAGUUUCCUUUUCCAUCAUUUUUCCAAUCGUCGAAAGUUGACGCUUUGAUA